UAAUAAUAUGAUCUUAAUUAAGCAGAAACCCACGCGUUUCCCCUCUCUCUCUCUAUGUUGUGUGUGAUACUCGUGAAACCAAAAUCAUAUAGCGUCUUAAUUCGAUCAACGUUCCACCCACAAGGAAAUUAAAGCAUGUCAAUACGUUCGAUUUCUCACCCGGCGGCCAAAAGAAGAACACGUCAUCUUUUCUUCUUCGUCCUCCUCUCCUGUACGGCGGCGGCGGCGGCGUUUAACGUUAGCCCAACCCCCUUCAACCAAGGCUUCACCACCCUCUACGGCGAAUCCAACAUCGUGCGUUCGCCCCACCACGACACUGUUAGCCUUCAUCUCGAUCGUUACACAGGUUCUGGGUUCAAGUCAUCUGAUCUAUACAACCACGGCUUCUUUAGUGCUAAGAUUAAGUUGCCGUCGGAAUACACCGCUGGAAUCGUCGUCGCCUUCUAUGUACACGACGAACGGGGACGUGUUCGAGAAGACGCACGACGAAUUGGACUUGGAGUUUCUGGGGAACGUGAAGGGGAAAGAGUGGAGGUUUCAGACGAAUAUGUACGGAAACGGGAGCACCAAUAGGGGCCGAGAAGAGAGAUACUUCCUCUGGUUUGACCCCUCCAAAGACUUCCACCGUUACUCCAUUCUAUGGACCAACCAUACCAUCAUAUUUUACAUAGACGAAAUUCCGAUAAGAGAGAUUGCGAGAAAUGAAGCCAUGGGAGGUGACUACCCCCAAAAGCCAAUGGGCCUAUACGCCACCAUAUGGGAUGCUUCCGAUUGGGCUACUUCCGGCGGAAAGUACAGAGUCGAUUACAAAUACGCCCCAUUUGCGGCCCACUUCACCGACCUCGUCCUCCGCGGUUGCGCCGCCGAUCCUCUGCAAACUUUUGUCAAUGCCGGUUGCGACGAGCAUGACGGUCAGCUCGAAGGAGCCGAUUUCGCUACCAUCACGCCCGAUCGAAGGAAGGCCAUGAAGAGGUUCAGGAAAAAGUACAUGUAUUACUCCUACUGCUACGAUUCUCUUAGGUAUGCCGUACCUCUGCCGGAAUGCGUGGUCGAUCCGGCGGAGAGGAUCCUGUUCAAAGAGACUGGCCGGCUCAAGUUCGAGAAGCGCCACCGCCGACAUGGAAGGAGAUCCUCAAGGAAUGGGGUGUUUGUCCGUAGUAGCAGACAAGAUGAUGAAAAAAGGGCAUUUAUUUAGUGAGUUUUGCUAGGUGUAUUGCACAAAAUGUGUACGCCGUUUUUG